UCUGUCAUGGAAAUUUGUAUAGUCUGUGUAUAUAAAAUGCAGGACAAUCAUUUUUUUGACUGCACUGGGCCUUCAAUGCUUAAUUGUGGGACUGGUAGAAUCUAAAGAGUAUGCUGUGUGUGUGUCUCUCCUAGGCCUGAUCCUGGUCAACGAGCCCUACUACAAUGAGGCAGGUUUCGACAGUGACCGGGGCCUGCAGGAGGGCUAUGAGAACAGUCGCUGCUACAACGAGAUGGCCCUCAUCAAGAUGGUGCAGUCCAUGACCCAGCUGCUGCGGACUCCCAUAGAGGUGUUCCAGCAGGAGAUUCGGCAGCACUUCACCUCCAACGGCUGGCGCCUGGUGCACCGCCUGGAUGCCUGGCUGGAGCUCCACGAGCUAGCCGAGAGGGGCCCUCCACCAAGACCAUCCCGGGACAGGCCUCCCUCAGUGGGUCCUCUAGACGAGACGCUCCCCUUGGAUCUUCUGGCCCACAGCACCCCCAACAAGCACCAGGGCACCGGGGAUGAAGAGCUGGAGGACUCUGGCCUAAGCUUUUCCACCACCGCCGCCUCCCAGCAGGAGCUCAGCCGGAACUUGGACUGCGACGGCGCCGUCUCGGCCAGUGAGGUGGCCGGGGCGAGCGUGGUGGUCUCCGGGUCGGUUAGGGGAGCCUCCUCGGACUCUGCGGGCGGUAGCCAGCCGGCGGUGCGACCAAAGAAGCGCAGGAAGAGCUACCGGAGCUUCCUGCCCGAGCGGAGCGGGUACCCAGACAUUGGCUUCCCCCUCUUUCCUCUCUCCAAGGGCUUUGUGAAGAGUGUGCGCUGCGUGCUGCUGCAGUACCGGGCCGCCCUGGCCGCCACCUCCAUCCCCGACCACGUAGAGGACAAUGUCCAGAGUCCAGACAGUGGCCAGAUGUGAAGGGAGAGGAGUGGGAGUGUCUUAUGGAGAUCUAAGCCACGGACCAUAAGCGCCCUCCCCCAUAUUGGACGUUCUGAGCUCUCAUGGACACACAGACAAGGAGCGAGAGCCUCGACUGUAAGGCAGCGCCACACGUCUGCCCCUCGUGGGCCCUGACGGACGAGGGAGGAGGAAGGAGAGAUGCAGAGAAGCUGGUUUGAUUAAAAAAAAGGUGCCAUUGACUUGCAUCGUCUAUAGCUGCUGUAAGGGGAAGUGGAAUUACCUGAAGAGAGACAUUCUUUGCGAAUUGGCUCCACAAAUUAAAAUGUUACGCCGCUGUGACAAUUGGAUCUAAAAAACUAAUUGGAGACAGUAGCCAUGGCGUCCUGGAAUCUGCAGGGUUAAAAAGUGCAACCCGGAUUGAUUCUCUAAGCUGGGUUUUCUCUGAACUACGUUUCCCAGUAUGCCUGGCUCCUUUGACCCUGGCGGGCACCCUUAGCACUGCUCCUGUGCCCCGUUACCACCCUGCACUCCAAUCAACAGACAAUCUCGGCAGGGCUGGGCACCUUUUGACAUGCUUACGUAUUGAGUUUCUUUUUAAAGUAGAUGUUACUGGGUGUUUGCUUUUUUGCCCUGCUCCUCUUGUUCUUUCUCGCUUUAGAGACACACACUAUCUGAAUGUUAUUAACUGCCCACCUACAACCGCUUCACUCUGCUAUGUCCUUGCUGGUUUCCUCGCCAAUCGCUCGCACCAAAACAUGUCGUUGCAGAAACACUUGAGUGACAAGUUUACAUACUAAUCACCACUUCUGGAUGUUAUAUACACUACUAGGCCCUACGGUACAUCGCUGGCUCUAGAAUAGAGGAGUGCAGUGACACGUAA